AUUCGCAAAGAACGUGACACCUUUGGUGAACUUGAAGUGCCAGCUGACAAGUACUAUGGAGCCCAGACCGCUCGUUCAGUGAUGAAUUUCAAGAUUGGUGGUCCGGAAGAGCGUAUGCCAGUUCCAGUUGUACAUGCCUUUGGAAUUCUCAAAAAAGCCGCUGCAAUUGUCAACACUGAAUACGGCCUCGAUAAGAAAAUUGCUGAUGCUAUUUGCAAUGCAUGCGACGAGGUUAUCGCGGGAAAACUUGAUGACCACUUCCCACUGGUAACAUGGCAGACUGGAUCUGGCACUCAGUCAAACAUGAAUGCAAAUGAAGUUAUCUCAAACAGGAAACAGUAA